CCUCGGAAAGGUUCACAGAAAGUUCACUCGCAUAUAUUAGGCAACUCAAUCUUUCAUUGUGUCGGAAUGAACUACUAGGAAAUGAGCUGCACGCAAGCAGGAUCCGAAAUCCGUCAAUGCGAGUUUAAACGCGAUAUAUUUAUAAAAGCAUCCCUCAUUAUUGAGAAGCGCUGUCGUUAACCCGAACGGGACACAACACCGAGCGGGACCGUAUUUAUAUCCGUUUAACGAUCGUCUUUACUUUGAAAAAGCAGGAAAACCGCCAGUGAUGUUCGGGAUGGAUCGCAUUAUUUCUGGUGAAUGUAGGGAAACAGAGAGAGAUUUGCGCGUGCCAAAACACAGUGAGAGUUUGAUGGAGUUUCUGUGAACAAAUGAAGGAUAACCAGACUGAUAUUUAAUUAUUUUAUUCUUCAGUGAAAUAGAGUGCACGAUGUUUGACUGUAUGGAUGUGUUAUCGGGACACAUGCUGGAGUUUUACUCGUCCAGUUCUUCAUCAUGUAUGUUACAGGAGAAAGCGCUCAAAGCGUGCUUCAGCUGGCAACACCGACGCACCAAACACUCCAUUGAGAGUCAGAGCACCAGUUCUGAGGAAUUGGUUCCCAGUCCUCCAUCACCUCUUCCCCCUCCUCGUGUCUACAAACCUUGCUUUGUCUGCCAGGACAAGUCCUCGGGGUACCACUAUGGUGUCAGUGCCUGUGAAGGCUGCAAGGGUUUUUUCCGCAGAAGUAUCCAGAAGAACAUGGUGUACACAUGCCACAGGGAGAAGAACUGCAUUAUCAACAAGGUGACUCGAAAUCGCUGUCAAUACUGCCGGCUACAGAAGUGCUUCACUGUGGGAAUGUCCAAAGAGUCUGUCCGGAAUGACAGAAAUAAGAAGAAAAAGGAGAUUCCAAAGCAGGAGUUGGCCGAAAGUUAUGAGUUGACAACAGAACUAGAGACAAUCAUUGAAAAGAUACGGAAAGCUCACCAAGAGACGUUUCCUUCACUCUGCCAGCUGGGCAAGUACACCACGAAUUCCAGUGCGGAUCACCGUGUGCGUUUGGAUCUGGGCCUCUGGGAUAAGUUCAGUGAACUGGCCACUAAGUGCAUUAUUAAAAUCGUGGAGUUUGCCAAACGAGUUCCUGGUUUCACUGGACUCACUAUCGCCGAUCAGAUCACACUGCUCAAAGCCGCCUGCCUCGACAUAUUGAUACUGCGUAUCUGCACACGUUAUACGCCUGACCAGGACACAAUGACGUUCUCUGAUGGUCUCACGCUGAACCGCACACAGAUGCACAACGCUGGCUUCGGCCCGCUAACAGACCUGGUGUUCACCUUCGCCAACCAGCUCCUGCCCAUCGAGAUGGACGACACGGAGACAGGACUGCUGUCCGCCAUCUGCCUCAUUUCCGGAGAUCGACAGGAUUUGGAAGAGCCUUCAAAAGUAGACCAACUCCAGGAACCCCUGCUAGAGGCUCUGAAAAUCUACGUGCGAAAGCGCAGACCCAGCAAACCACACAUGUUCCCCAAGACCCUCAUGAAGAUCACAGACCUGCGCAGUAUCAGUGCUAAAGGUGCAGAGCGAGUGAUCUCUCUGAAGAUGGAGAUCCCUGGAUCAAUGCCUCCCCUCAUCAAGGAGAUGCUGGAGAACUCGGAGGGUCAGGACGGACAGAGCUCCUCAGAGAGGAGCGGCACGGGCAAAAACAGCAGCAGCUUAACAGAGCCCCAACCCUCGGCCCACUCCCCGGAGCCCACGGAUGGGGCCACUUCCUCCAGCGAGGAGCCCUAGAGCAUGAAACCUCAGACUGUGAUACGUUGCUUUCGACCUUACUGGUAGACUGGAGGCCUAUCUCUCCAGUGUGUUGGAUUUCUGGUCGAUUUUCGCCCGUUUCCUGCUUUAAGGACAGAUUACGGCUGGUGUAUAAU